CGUAACAUGUUCUUAAUAUUCUGACCGUUGUUCAUGAAUUUUCCACCAGUCCAGAUGGAAAACUUCUUGUGUUUUUAUCUGCAAGAAGUGCUGUGGACUCUGGAGUGCAUAAUGCUACAAAUUCACUUCACAGAAUUGAUUGGCUAACUAAUGGAAAACCUUUCCAAUCUUCCAAAAUUGACGACAUGAUUCCUGUUGUGAUGUGCGCUGAAGACGGUUGCUUCCCUGGGCUUUAUUGUACCAUUAUUCAUAGUAAUCCUUGGUUAUCUGACAAUUGCACAAUGAUUAUAUCAUCCAUCUGGCACAGCAGUGAAGUUCUGCUCUCAGUGAAUGUGCUGAGUGGGGAGAUAGUACAUAUCAGCCCUGUAGAUCCAAAUUUCUCGUGGAAUCUUCUUACGCUGGAUGGGAACAAUAUUGUUGCCAUUUCCAGUAGUCCGGUUGAUUUUGCUCAAAUAAGGUAUGGAAAGGCCAUUAAGAAGGAGACAAACAAUACUACAUGGAGUUGGUCAAAUAUAUCCAGUCCCAUAUUCAGAUGCUCUGACAAGGUUAGAUCUUUGCUGUCCUCUCUCCAGUCUGGUAUACUGAGGAUCUCAGUUAAGGAUGCUCAUGCUGGUCAAACAAAAGGUGCUACAAAACCUUUUGAAGCUAUAUUUGUGUCUUCUAAAACCAAUACCAAGAUUGAAUUUGAUCCGUUAAUUGUGAUCCUUCAUGGAGGGCCCCAAGACGUCUCUUUGUCAUACUUUUCUAAGUAUUUGGCUUUUCUAUCUACAGUUGGAUACAGCUUGCUGAUUGUAAAUUACAGGUAGCCAAAAUACUCUUGAACUUCCAAUCAUUAGUUUGGUUCAGUAUUGUUAUGUCAAGAGAGAUGGAACUAACAUCAUAAACUUAAAUAUUUUAAAUUAUUAGGUACCUAAUUUGAAAAGAGAAAUUAUUGGUAACAAAAGUUGGUCACAUAUUGAGGACAUGAAACUUAUUUAUGCUUUUAACUCAUAAAAAAGAUGUAAGACUAUUGCCUUUUUUAUGCAAAACAAGCUUAAUUGACUUCAUUAGCUCGAAGUACCUGUCAAAGAGGAUUGGUUGUAGAUCCUAUCAUUUGAAUCCUUAGAAAAGGAAGCAAGUUUACAGUAGAAAAAAACUAGAUACCAGAGAAAAUAAAGAGAAUGUUAGCAUAUAUGAAGUUUAAAUAGCUUCCCCGUGAAGUAAAAAAUACUCAGUCUGAUAUUGGAAUGGGAAAUAAAUGUGGAUACCUGUCUGUAAUAGGAAUUUAGAAAUUGAAAUGAAUUAUGGGAAUUGUGAACAGAAGGAUGUUUAGGGUUUAGUUAGACUUCAUAAUGGUAAACGCUGAGGAGUUGAAAGUGAAAGGCUGGUCAAUUUUUUGUUAUGCUAUAAGGACUCUGAAUAAUUAUACUUCGAUAAAAUUUCCUGGACACAAGUCUUUCAUUCUCCAUAUGCAUCUUAAUUUAUAUUUUUUAAAAGUUUGCACUACUCGGACUGCUUUUCUAGAGAAAUAAAUGUCAUUGUCAACACCCAUAAGGAAACUCAUUAUG